AUGGCUGCUCGUGGCUAUUGCAAAAUUUCAGAGAAACGUCUCAUGUCACUGCGUAUCAAAAGAGCGUUCUCUGGUCGCGCACGAAGGGUUCGAGGCAAUGGACCUGAAGUGCGUGCCACAAGUGUUUGUAUCCAGUUCAACAGGAGAGCGAUGCGGUUGGUACCGUCGACAAGAGCAUGGGUGUGGGGGGGGAGGAAGACGAAGGAUAGACUGUGCAACAUUCGCAGUAUCAUAGGCGCAGAACUCACGUCUUGA